GUGUCUGCUUAUCCCAACAAAGGCAACACUGUGUCGCUCAGGAAUGAAAGUCUGGUCUACAAUGGAGAGGAAUAUUUGAAUAUUGCUGUCGUUAACUCGUCUGAAUGACCUCUGUGCGCCAUGGCUUCUUUUUCGUUUGAUCAAACAUGCAUGGGCUCAGAGAUUGUAUUGUCUCGUCGUCGACGAACUGCGAAAAGACGACAUUCUCGCAGCGAGUUUUGCAAUGCGAUUGUUCUCAGCGCCGAGUCUCUUCUUGAUGGGGAGCUGUUCGAGGUGCGUUUGGAAGAGAUGUCUCCUGGCUGGGGCAGCUCUGUAGUCAUUGGAGUGACCGGCGUAGUCGAAGAGGAUGGUUUCAAUGGCGAACUGCCUCCAUCUGCCUGUGAAUUACGCAGGAAAACCGUGCUCGUUUCUGGUAGCAGUGUGCUGGUGGAUGGUGUGGUGGUCAAGGAGAACUUCUGCCCGAGCCUGGACAGCCUGGAGAUGGGUGCUCACGUUGGUGUAGCAGUGGUGGACGAGAACUUACACCUGUACAUCGAUGGAGAGGACCAGGGUGUAGCCUACAUGGACCUACUGGCCUGGAGACCUGUUCGUGGCGUUGUGGAUCUGCAUGGCUGCUGCGUACAGGCGUCUCUGUGUGAUACGCACGCAGCAAGUGUGCUGGCCUACAACUACCCACUGCGAUUGUGCCGCUAUCCGGGCACCGAUAUUCAGAUUGGUGCUGACCGGCGAUCGGCCUCGUUUGAGCCGGCGGAAGCAGUGGGCAGCUUUGCGUUCAGCUUUGCUAACCGAGCGCUGCGCGAGAAUGAGCUCUUCGAAGUGGAGGUGAACUUCCCGGUGCUCCGCGACAUAGGCAGUCAAGUAACGUUAGACAUUGUUAGUCAUUUGCCGUCCGAUUCGCAUCCUCUGCCGGCGGAGGAUGCCAUGCUGUUUGGUCCGUCGACGGAGAACCGAAUAUCUGACACGGAGGAACGCCUCGGCGUGAUCGUGAUGGACGGUGAGGUGUGCCUGCUGCGUAACGGUCUGGUGCGGCGCUGGGAAGCCAGCCGGGCAUUCACGCGCUAUUUUCCUGUAGUGCUGAUUCACAACGGCGCAGCCCGCGUCACCUUGACGGCGCGUGCCGGGGAGCCAUUGCCGACGAGCAUGCGUGCAACGCGCGGAUUUCAACCCGUGCAGGCUCGCUCCGGAGCAGCGGCGGCUGCAGUAGCUGUACCGGUGUAUCCCGCCGUCCCCGUGCCAACACCGUUUCGCCCCUCAGCUGGUAGCGUACCUCCGAUACGUUUUCAUGCUCGCACCGGUCGCUAUGCGUAUCUGUCCCCCGACAGGUGCAGUGCUCACCGUAUAUCGCCCGACGUUGAGUUCAACUAUGCAGUCGUUUUCGGCGAUCGUCCCCUACUGCCCGGCGAGAUGUUUGAGGUUCGGGUGGACGCGGUGGUGACCAAGUGGACUGGUGCGCUGGGCAUUGGAGUCAUGGUGCAAAAUCCCGAUAGCAUGAUUGCAAGUCUUCCAGCCACAAUGGGUGAUGUCACCAGUGGUACCUGGAUGCUUGGGGGUAACGGUCUGAGCUGUGAUGGCAUACAGUGCAACGAGGAGAUCGGUGCCAGCAUCAAGACAUUGAAGGUGGGCGAUCGUGUUGGAGUCCUGCUAACUCUGGACAACACGCUGCGGUUUGCUCUGAACGGCCGAGACAUGGGCGCCAGCAUGGAGGGAGUAGCCACACGUGUAUACCCGGUCGUUGACGUGUACGGCCAGACGUCGCAGGUGACACUCUGCGACAAUCCAAGGAUACAAGCCCCAGAGGAAGACGUGAGCGCAGAUGACGCCCACGCACUGCACUUCCACGAGGAUGUGACCGUAGAAGACAUCCUCCCGCUGCACUUUGACGAGUUGUGCGGCUCCAAUGUGGUGCUGGCUUCGAACGGUCUCAAUGCGUCUCGCGUGGACGCGUUCCAUGAGUUCAACAAUGGUGUGUGUAUCACUCACAGGGCGCUGCGGCUGGAUGAGUACUUUGAGAUCACCGUGGACUACACUGUGUCCAUCUGGUCUGGCUCGCUGGAGAUCGGCGUGACAACAACUCCCCCUGUUGACAUGAAUUUCCCGGAGACUAUCUCGGAUCUAGUGGGCGAUACGUGGACACUUAGCGGCUCUGGCGUGGUUCACAAUGGCGUCAACAUCUUCCCAAACUACCCGCUCAACCUGGACCGGCUGUCGCAGGGCUGCACCAUUGGCAUGAUGGUGCACGCCAAUGGCCAUCUGCACUUCUUCCUGGACGGCGCCAACUGCGGCAAGGCGGCUGAGGUGCCCCUCGGAGUAUACGGUAUGGUCGAUCUAUAUGGUCAGUGCACGGGGGUGUCUAUAAACACCAACGCCGUUGCUCCAGCACUGAGCAUUGCAUCACCACCAGCCUCAACACCGACGCUGCCCUCCGGCAGCGACGCAGAUGACGCGCUUUCAUCCGGCUCUGCCAGCGAAGACCUAUCAGACUCCUGCGACAGCGACGCGGCGAGCGACGACAGCCGGGGCGUCCGCACCGGCAGCUACGAUCCGAUUCACUUUCCCGGCGAGGCGGAGACGGUGCGCACGCGUGCCGGCACGACGGUGCGCGCCCUGCAGCAGCACACGCAGGCGUACAACGUGCUGCGUGACCUGCAGAUUGCCGUGCGCGAGUCUAUGCAGCACCUGGCCACGGCCGCCGGCACCGUGUCACCGGCUGCCGUGCUCAGCCGCAAUCUGCAGGGACGCGACGCACUGGUGCGCGCCGAGAUGGAGUCCGCGAUGCUGUCCGACAGAACUCAGUUCAACUCUCGGCCGACGAUGAUCGCACAGGCCACGGAUGACAGUGGUAGCGAGCUGAUGGUGGCUGCUAAUGAAACUGUAUCAACUUCAGAAGAGACCCAGGAUGAUGGUGUGCUACUGCACUCGCUUCAUGGCAGUUGUGGAAGGAACGUCAGCAUCAUCGAUGGUCGACACGUCACACGCACGCAAGGCUACGAUCACGGUGUUGUUUUCAGUGCCAAGCCGCUUGCCAACGGUGAACUUUUUCAAGUUGGUAUUGGCAAGAUGAACUCCAGUUGGUCGGGCAAUCUUGGCAUCGGUAUCGUGUGGCGUGUGCCUAGCGACGCAGCGUCCAUCACCGCAUCGGCCACCAGCCUGUCACCUCUGUGCUGCGGCGGAGUGUGGCUGCUGUCCGGCUCCUCGCUCUACCACGACGGAUCCUUGCACAGGGUGAACUGCUGUGCUGAGACCGAAUGGCUCAAGGAGGGAGACAUUGUCGGUGUGAAACGCAGUGCGAACGGCCGCCUGCACUUCUAUGUCAAUGGCAAGGAAAUGCACGGCGCUGCCGUCGCUUGUCAAGCACCACCGGAGGUAUAUGCCGUAGUGGAUGUGUACGGCAAGGCUCAGUCAGUGCACGUGGUCAGCAAAGUCGAUGAAGCUGCGUCUCCGUCUACGCCAACAGCUAAAGUCGGGAUGCAGUUGCUUGAGGACAUACCCUCCCUGGACAGCUCACCGUGUUACUUUCACCGGGUGCAUGGCAGCAACAUUGUACUGUCUAACAGGAGUCUUGUCGCUGAGCGAGAGAGAAGCUUCAAUAAUGGCUUGCUGCUUUCCAAUCAGCCACUGAAGAACGGGGAGAAGUUCGAGGUGCGUGUGGAGAAGGUCUGCGACCGUUGGUCUGGCUCGCCUCUAGUUGGUGUGACCGCCUGCCGACCGUUAGAUCUUGCUGCAUCCGUUCCUUCCAACGCUCAGAGUCUUCCGGGUACUACCUGGUUGAUGAGCCGUAGCAGCGUGUUUGUCAACAGAGUAAAGAUUCGUGAUCACUGUGACUACCUUACUCAAGGCAGUGCACCUGUACCUACAUGCUGGAAUGUUGGGGACACGUUCGGCGUGAGCCGUCGCGGCGAUCACCUCUACCUGCUGCACAACGGCGAAGAGUUUGGCGCUGCGUGUCCCGGUGUGAACAAAGACUGCUACGUCGUGCUGGAUCUGUAUGGCCCAGUCACAAAGGUGAAACUGUUGGCCAGCGGCAAUCCUGAUGCGGAUGCCGAUGACAGUGAUCGAGAUUCUGUGUCCGAUACUGCCCCCACGUCAGGUUCACAAGAUGAACAGCAGCAGCAGCAGCAGCAGUGCCAUCUCGACCAGCAGAAUAACGGUGCUGCUACACGGCAGUAUGCUGCAGGUCACACGGCACCAUCAUCAUCAUCAUCAGUAUCAUCAUCACCGCCGCCAGGCACAGGGAGCUAUCAUGGCAGCAUGGACACCAGCAUUGCGCUUGCACACCGUACCUUGGCAGUGCCCAAGCAACAGCAGUCUUCGGCCAUGUGCAGUGCUCGAUACGUCACAUCAGCCUUCAAAACCUCACUUGGACUUCCUGAUGCAUUCUUCAACGGCCAGUACGACGAGUGUUACUGCCACCAGUGUUGGUGCGAAGGCACACAGCAGCAGCAGCAGCAGCGCUGCGCCGCCACCACCACCACCACUGGUCCUCCGUUGUCGUCCUCCUCAUGCCAACCGGUGCCACAGGAUUGGACAUUGUUUGCUCUAAGAUUACAUCCACGUGCACAGGAGACCAGGGAGGUGUACACGAAAUGGUGUACCGCGUAUCACGGCACUUCGGCCGGCGUUGUGCGCAAGAUCCUCGAUACUGGCAGCCUCUUGGAGCCAGAUUUUGCCAUGAGAAGCAUGCACUCUGAUAAAGGUAGUACCAGCAGCAAACCCCAUGACCAACAACAGCCCUGUGGCGGCGGUUCGGAAGCGAGUAGUAGCAUUGCGGUGUCGCCAUCAAUCGCGCUAGCAACGCAGAACACCUGUCUCAAGCCUGCACGGUUUGAGCUAGCCAAGAGGCAGUAUAUUGGGCAUGUAGCAUUCAAAGUGUAUGUUCGUCCCGGCAGUUAUACGCUGUGCACGGAAAGCCAAGAGCACUCCUCUGAACUGCAGCAGCGUGUGGCACCAGACGUCAAGGCAUCCAAGACAUCCGCUGCGGCAACAAUGUGGUCCACGAAGGAACGUGGCGCCGUGGAGCUGUGUGGCUUGCUGAUCAAAGUUGAGCCAGUAGCACAGGCAACUGAACUCACAGCGUGUUCAUAAGGCCAGUACAUGUCUAGUCUAGUGUUUCAGUCCUGCUAGGUCCUUGCUAGCUUGUCAAUGGUGUAGCGUUAGACCCAGGUUUAUCAGUGAAAUCCAGUCUCGAGACCCACAUCCUAUGAACCAAGUCAUUUAUUGUACCCCCCCCCCCCCCCCCCCGGCUGUACUAAUUACAGGUUUACUUACACACGUGCACCUGCAAGCCAACACACAACCUAGGAGCGUGCCCUGCGUUCAGUGCAAGCAGGGCAGUUUGAGUGCCCAACUAUUAUUUUUAUCCUCACGCCUAAGUAAGAUACCUUCCGGUCCUCAGCUGUGCUGGGACCCUGAUACUUAUUUUUGCACUUAUUUUCCAUCCUUCAUCAACAUGCUAGUCCAUUAUUCUGUUCAGACCGUGCAGGGCACUGGGCAGCUAUCACCAUGAAUUUGAUUUUUUUUGAAAGCCAUGUGAUCCAGUGCGACACCAGCUAUCCGCGCGUCUCAUUCUGGAAUGCACUGCUGCCAGGCUGUCGCUGGUUACGACAUCCUGUUACACACCGAUUCUUUUUCUAGUGCCAUUUGUGAAUUGUCAAUAUAACAUGGUCCAUGAUUUGUUGCUGUGGCUACAGUGGCAAGUGAAGAAAUUUGGACUCCGUUCACAGGUGCCCUGUUCCCGGGGCUGUACUUUGUUACGGCUGUCCGUAUUGACGAACUUAUCCUUCCGGAUGAAAUCCAAAUGAAUCCCUGCUUUCAUGGUACAUUCUGGUAGCGCACCCAAACUACCAGUGGAUUCACGAAAGGUGAAAAUAUAAUAUUAUUAUUUUUGAAGGUGGUGUUCAAAAUCACCAAAAAAACACCAAAAAACGUACAUGUAUUUUAUGCAAGAAUUUCAUGAACAUUUCAAACUAUGAACUAUAAUCAUGCUGCUCAAAUGGUUAAAGUAUGUACAGGGGGGGGGGG